CAAUCACUGAGGCAGAUCUUGGAGAACUUUCCUGGAAGGAUUCCCAUCUGAUUAUCAGAGACACUCCAGCAGUUGUUGUGGUUUGUUUUGCAGACUUGUUAGCGAAAUCUUCACCAACAUGAGCGACACAACUCUACAGUACUUUCUGGAGUACACCUUCACUGCAUCAGACCAGUGCCCGCUUGACGGCCUGGUUACAGGCACGGCCGAUGCACUGACCCAGGCCAUGUCCAACGUGGAGAAUGGAAAACUUCUGUUCCUCUUCAAAGUCUUGGCAGAACCCAAACUUAUUGCAGUUGUCCAAGCCAGCGAUGCUGCUGAGCUGGACUCUGCCCUGACCAAGAACCCUGCCCCAAGUAUCGGCCAGCAGGUGCAGGUUCAGUGUGUUCCACUCCGUCCUUACGAGGCAUUCGCGAAGGAGGUUCUCGGAGUCGAGACAUCCUUUCAACAAACCAAGGAAUGGGCCGCCGGUCCAGGCCAGUUCUACUGGCUGACCGUUGAUGUCGAGUACAUGGGUAUGACACAGGAAGAACUUUUUGGGAUAUGGAAACAGGAGGCCAUGGCAGCACUUGGUGUCAUGGAACAAGAUGGUGCCAAGCUCUGGAAGGUUCCGACAGAGAGGAAGGUGAUCAUUCUGGCAAAGAUGCCAACUCCAGAUGUGCUUGAUAACACCUUCAUGGCGGGACUGCCAAUGUUCAACCAGAUGGGGAACCAGACACAUAUCAUCUGCAAACCUGUCCUACCAUUCAAGUCCAGUACUACAUAGCCUGCCUUCAGACAGGAAAAAUCUAUCAAUCAAAAAGUCAAGUGUGACGCUCACAAUUAGGAGUACAUUGUAAUAAGGGUGGCAUAGAACUUUCCUAUACCUGAUUUAAGUAUCUUGGGAACAGAUCUUGCAGGUUAAUGUUCUUCCACAUUUUGCAGUUUUAUAUGACAUUGUCCACGUCCUCAAAAGUCUAAACCAGGAUCAUGCAUUUAAAGUAGUUCCGAAUAUGAAUUAAGUCAGAGGUGAAGUUAUAUUCUGGAAUUUAAGGUGCCUUUAAAAAAACAACAUUGUAUUUAUAUAUGUAAUACUACUAUGUAACACAGUCACGUGCAUCCUUAAAUAGAAAAAGAAUUAAAUCUCUGGAUCAUCUUCAAUGCA